CCGAGCGAGGGGACCGCAGAUCCCAGAAGGCGCCGGGUCGGCAGUGGAGGAGGUGGGCAGAAAUGUCCAGCCUGCUCGCAGCCUCCGGUCGGGCGCUCUUCGAGUUUGCUUUCUGCACACAUGGUACCGGCCACAAUACCCCCUAGACUGUUUGGGAAAUGGCGCAGGCAAUAAUAUAACACUCGCGUUAGAUAAAACAAAACACUCCUGCGUUAUCAGAGCCUCGUGGACUGCAGUGUGUGUGUGUGGCUCCUGGUUUUCUUUCUAUCCUGUCAUUUUGUUUUAAAUCCCGUGGACUGUUGGGGAUCGCGGAGCGCAGUUUGAGUGAGCGAGGCAGCCCCCCGACUCGGGAGCUGUGGCGCUCGUCACUUUGUUACAGGGAUAAUCGAGUUGGAAACAUUGUACCGCAGCCUGUUGUGUGGGUGCCGGAUGGCAGAGGCUGUCCAGUCGCGCACACGCUCUGCCCCGGGAGGGGGAGUUUGACGGAGGGGAGCGCACCGACUCUGACAGUUCAGGAAGUGGUUUGAAAUGGGCUACACCGACACUACACGGAAAAGGUCGCCGGCGUGUCAGCAUUAAAAUCCGCAACAGACCGGCGGCAGAUCCGACCAGAAUGGCAUCAAGUAAUUCGAGUUUAUCCGGCUCAUCAGUCUCGUCAGAUGCUGAAGAGUACCAGCCACCAAUAUGGAAAUCCUACUUAUACCAGUUACAGCAGGAAGCACCACGACCAAAAAGAAUGACUUGCCCCCGAGAGGUUGAAAACAGACCAAAGUACUAUGGAAGAGAAUUCCAUGGGAUGAUAUCUCGUGAGGAGGCCGAUGAACAGCUCGGUGGAGUUGAGGGAGCUUACCUCAUCAGAGAGAGUCAACGUCAGCCAGGAAGUAACACUUUGGCUCUGAGAUUUGGAUAUCAGACAUUAAACUACAGAUUAUUCUAUGAUGGAAAGCACUUUGUAGGAGAGAAACGAUUUGAGUCAAUCCAUGAUCUCGUGACAGAUGGUUUGAUAACCCUUUACAUAGAAACUAAAGCAUCUGAAUAUAUUUCUAAGAUGACUACCAAUCCCAUCUAUGAGCACAUAGGAUAUGCCACACUGUUGAGAGAGCAAACCUCAAAAAGACUGAUAAAAACAAAGCGAGACAUUAGGAAGGUGUCCUUGAUGAACGAUGAAAACAGUUCAGUUGAAAAGAUCACCUCGCUUGUCAGAAGGGCUGCCUUGAAGCAAAAUGAGAACAACUUCAAUUAUGAGAAAGCUCACAAUUUUAAGGUCCAUACAUUCAGAGGUCCUCACUGGUGUGAAUACUGUGCCAACUUCAUGUGGGGCCUGAUAGCACAGGGAGUCAGGUGUUCAGAUUGUGGUUUGAAUGUACAUAAGCAGUGUUCGAAGUUUGUACCUAAUGAUUGUCAGCCUGACCUCAAAAGAAUCAAGAAGGUGUACAGUUGUGACCUGACAACACUGGUAAAAGCACACAAUACGCAGAGGCCUAUGGUGGUGGACAUGUGCAUUCGGGAGAUUGAAGCUCGAGGUUUGAAAUCCGAGGGGCUUUACAGAGUGUCUGGGUUUAGCGAGCACAUAGAAGAUGUUAAAAUGGCAUUUGACCGAGAUGGUGACAAAGCUGACAUCUCUGCCACAAUGUAUGCGGACGUCAAUAUCAUUGCCGGUGCCCUUAAGCUGUACUUCAGGGAUCUGCCAAUACCGGUCAUCACCUAUGAUUCGUAUCAGAAGUUCAUUGAAUCAGCCAAAAUUACUAACCCGGAUGACAGGCUGGAGGCGAUCCAUGAAUCGUUAAUGUUACUACCUCCUGCACAUUAUGAGACGUUGCGGCAUUUGAUGAUUCAUCUGAAAAAGGUCACUUUGCUCGAAAAGGAAAACUUGAUGAACGCAGAGAACCUUGGGAUUGUCUUCGGGCCUACGCUGAUGCGACCUCCUGAGCAAAAUACACUGGCAACUCUGAAUGACAUCCGAUACCAGAGACUGAUCGUCCAGCUCUUGAUUGAAAAUGAAGAUGUAUUGUUCUGAGAAAGGAAAGCAAUAUGACAUAUAUAAAAAAAAACAAUGCUGUAGUUGCAACUUGUGACCGAGCUGUAAAGGCACUGCUGAGCCCUUAUGGGUUGGCUGUGUGGACGAAGAAAGCUGUGACACUGCAGUCCUUUCUUGUUAGGAAGUACGUGUUUAAUUAUGUGAGCUGAGGCCGGUAAAGAAAAAUGUUCCUAAUAUCUUAUACAUUUUUGAACAUCAGUUGAACAGAGUUAUAUUAGGAAGAACAAAGCAAUGGUUAUGUACAAUUCCCACAAGCUGCAGAGUUGAUUUCAUUGUUCCUUUUUUAAGAAUAUAUAUAUAUAAAGGCAUAUACGCUCAAUCAAAAAUGCCAAUAAUCAAAAUUCCACUCCAAAGUUAGCCUGGUGCGAAGUGAGUGUAUUUUCAUUUGUAUCGAUAGUAUUUACUUGUUUUGUAUUUGAAUUAUAUCACAGAGUUCAGAAUUGCACUAAGUGUCUCUACAAAUUGGUAUAUCAACUAAUAUAUACCUUUACAUUUUUUUCCAAGGUUCAUUAACUUAAAUAGAGAUGUGUGCUACAUAUAACAAAUUAUCCAGCUAAUAUACUACAAGUGAUCAAUUUUAUAAUGAUUGUGGGAGAUCUGUGCCACUUACAUGCAACAGUAAAGGACAGCAUUCAAAUAGUAAUGUUCACAAUCUGUAAUUAUAAUUUUUCCUUUUCUGCUUCAAGUUCCCCCUACAUUCACUGAAUGCUCAGUCAAUAUUCCUCUAAUUGUUUUUAUACAGCUGUGCAGGCCCACCAUUGCUAUGAGUGCGGCACUUUAAUAAAAUAUUAUCUCAAAGGAAAUUCCAGCUGCAUGGCAAAGGCUAUGUGUACUUGAGCAUCUCAGUUACUGUGCGGCCGUGCAGCUUAGAGAGAAUGGCGGUACUCAGUAAAAAAUGGAUUAAUUGUCACAUUACUGAAUUUAGGACUGGUGCCUAUUGAUUCGUGGAAGGCAUUUAAUCGUGUAUAUGUAUAAAGCUGUACUUAGUUGUCAAUUUGGUAAUGAUAGCAGGAAGUCACCAAAGUUAUGAGUUGAGGAGGAGGGAACUUCUUACGAUACCUAAGUGAGCUGCAUUUGAAAGCAGUCAAACGUAGUACCUUCAAGAUAAAUUUCUGAAUUCCAUCACUUUGGUUAAAAACACCUGUGAAAUCAUUUAUGUAUUGGAAUAGCAACAUUCUAUGACACCACAACAGCAGCCCACUCAUCUUUUGAAAAAUACAUCACUUCAACAUCCUGAAGAAUUCUGUGCAUAUAAAUUUGAUAAUUUUCAAAUCCAGAUACGAUUUCUGUAUAAAUCAAAUGCUACAGUUGCUUAAAAGACCACUUUUUGAUUCCUUUCUGAGGUGUAAAUUUGAUUGUUAUGUUGUAUUUGCCAUAGUCACUGGUACCCAUAAAUGAAAUGUCUUCCUUCAAAA